ACACCUACACAGUUGCCAAAAGCACAACAUUCAAGAUUUCAAAAAAAAUUGAAUGCAACAAAAAAGAAACCACACUGCUCAUUAUUUUAUUACUAACUUUCCCAAAAAAUCAAUAGUCCCAAAAGUGUUUCCCUGUAUCUCAACCUUUUGUCCUUAUUCUUUCUCCAACUUUCUCACACUAUUUUUCUUUUUUUGAAUUUUCAAAAUCAGAAACAGAGAGAGAGAGAGAGUUUCAUCUUUCAUCAAAUCAAAAUCAUGGGUUGUGUGUCUUCCAAUCUGCUCAACCAUGACGAAGAGUUCACCCAACUCGGCAGUUCAUCACUGAGUCAACACAUUGUUUCUCUCACUUCCACCACCUAUGGCCUCCUCACUCUUGACCCACCGCCACAAAACUCAAACCCCACCACUCCUCCUCCGCCCACAACCCCACCCACUCGUUUCACCCUCUCCGAGCCCAAGUCCCUAUGGUCCGAACCCAGGUCUCUCUGGUCUGAACCCAAGUUCCAGCCUGCUGACGUCAUCAACUCGUGGGAACUCAUGGCUGGCCUCGACCACCACAACAACUCCGAGAGUUUCCGUUUCUUCAAAAACCUUAAUAACAACAAAGAAAACUCAAACCCCAACAAGCCUAAUACUAGCUCAAACGACCAUGUUUUUGUUCUCGACAAGUUCGAGAAACUAUGUCCACCAAACGGAGAAAACAAAGUGGUUCUCUACACGACGACGUUGCGGGGCGUUCGGAAGACCUUCGAGCAAUGCAAUGCUGUGAGGGCAGUGUUACAGAGUUUAGGAGUGUUGUUUACAGAGCGAGAUAUAUCGAUGGAUCGUGGGUUCAGAGAAGAGCUGAGAGAACUAAUGAAAGGGAAGGAAAUGGUGCCUCCGAGGGUUUUUGUGAAGGGAAGGUAUGUGGGUGGGUGUGAUGAGGUGUUGAAAAUGGUGGAGGAAGGUUUGGUUGGUGAGAUUUUUAAUGGUUUGCCUAAGAAAAGAGGUGGAUUUGGGGUUGGUGGGGUUAGUAGUGUGUGUGAGGGUUGUGGGGAUGUGAGAUUUUUGCCUUGUUUUAGGUGUAGUGGGAGUUGUAAGAUGGUUAUGGUGGUGAAAGAAGAGGUGGGUCGAAGAGUAGAGAGGACUGUAGUGGUGAGGUGCUCUGAUUGUAAUGAGAAUGGCUUGGUUCUAUGCCCUAUUUGCAGCUGAUUCAUCAGCUUAAUUGGGUCUCAUAGGGAUGAUAUUAUGGUGCAUAUGGAGAAAACUGUGGGUGUUGGCUGGCCUUGUGGGUGUUUCAGACAGAGAAAGAUGGGAGUUUUAAAAAUUAGUAUCCAUCAUAAUCCUGCCGUAGAUCUCAUAUAGAGUAGUAGUGAGCUCAAUCCUCUUUCAGAAGGAGAUUUUGAUGCACCAACAGGAGAAAGUCAUCUUUCUGAAAAGGCUAUAUUUGUAAUUGUACUCUCCACAAUUGUAAAGAUAUUUGCUUCAAUAUGUAUCAAAAUUUUACAAGCAAACUCUUUGCUUUAAGGAAACAAUGCAUAGUAUAAGCUGAUAGAGAAUGAAUUUUGGAUUGAUUUCUCAA